AGAGAUUUUUUUUAAAUAUUCCAUUCGCUAAAUGAAAAUGUCUACAUGCAAGCCGCGGGAUACUUCUUCGCUAGCCGUCACAAAGCGCGCGUCACAAUGGGAGAGUUUGAUGAGAAAGUUCUCGGAAGCUCACAAAGAAGAGUGCAGAACAGUGUCGCUGGACAUACCGCGAGUGCAGCGCUCCAUGAAGACGUUCCCGACAGGCUCCCAGUACGAAGGGACCUGGGACUUGCUCGGGAUGAGCGGUUACGGUGUUUACAAGUUUCCUAAUGAUGUUAUUUACGAAGGGGAGUUUGACGACGGAAUGUUUCACGGCCAGGGAGACCUGAUAUACCCCAGCGGCGUGGUACUCCGUGGUGAUUGGAGCAAGGGGAAAUUGAUGGAGAGGAAACUCGUCUUCGCCGACGGAUUGGAGUACGAUGAAGCGGACUGGAAGUAUUGUAAGGAGCCUGACAGACGUUUCACUAUCGAGUAUGACAAAGGUCUACAACCCGCCGGCAAGUCGUUCCUGACACAGGAACAACCCACACGUGACAUACCACCCGGAUUCUACGACACUGGGGAUGGGUUUUACGACCCCAACACCAGGGUUGUUUACAAGGCCGACGAUCUUAGCGCCAUCGUAAGAUCUCCAUCCGUUCGUGAACAAAAAUGGAUAAUCGAGAACUGUCGCACUUGCCCUGAAAAACCACUGGGGCCUCGGCCGUUCCUAUACGAGCAGUGGAUGGAACCGAUCUUGUCUCUGCCGAAGCCACCUGAACCGACCAUUACGCGGGUCACUGAUUCAAUAACUCUAUCUCAGUCUACCUUCGAACAAGAUCGUGAAACGACACAGGAGAGCGGAAGUAUCCUCCAUUGGAGGAAUUGGCGGAAAUCAACUUCGUCGACUCAACGUCCUAAUAUCAAAUUCGACGCACCUUCGAAAACGAAUGUUUAAUAUUUUGCCUGUGCAGAAUUUGUAUAUUCUGGUAUAUUUUUUUUGUUAUGCAAAUUUUAAUAGUCCUGUGAGAAUUUUCAAAUAAAUAUUAUAGGUACCGAAUUAAUCUUAAUUAAUUCCUAAAUUAUUUAACACGGAAAUUAAUGAAUGUAUGAAAUAUU